AUGUUGCUGCAUCAACACCUUCUUAAAUGUACGAGUGCAAAGUCUGCCUCUGUACAGGAGGUACGAUCAGCCGAAGGCACAACGUUGUGCCUUCUGGGGCUGGAAACCUCCUCGAGACCAGAUGAGGACUCGUUCCUAGGGGAGAUGCUGAACGGACCCCGAGAUUGGGUGAACCAGUAUCUGGGCAAGCACACAAGAGGUCAAUAUUUAGCCGUGCAGCGAAGACGCUACGCCUUUGGAGAUGCUGAACUGGGAGGAGGAAACAUUCAGCCCAGGUCACCUGAAGACCAGACCCAAGAGUCGGUUGCAGAAACAGGACCGAAACCAGGAGGUGUGCAGUCCAAUGGCUGGUCCGUUCAUGUCCCAUCUGAUGUUACUGGGGAACUCGGGAAGAUGGUUAUCCUGCCCUGCACUUUCACACACCCCUACAAAACAUUUGACCGGACUCUCACUGCCAUUUGGAGGAUCAAGGAACCUUACAAUGGCACGAUAGUUUUCAAGUGCGUUAGUCAGAGCGCCAGCGAGCUCUGCAAGACUGCCAUCAGCUACAAAAACAAGUACAAACUGCUCGGCAACCCUCGGCACAAGGACCUUUCCAUCAGGAUUGACAAUCUGACCUGGAGCGACAGUGAGAGAUACUUCUGCCGGGUGGAGUUGUCCGGAGCUAUCCAUGCCAAAUACGAACGCAGGAAGAUAAAGCUGCAUUUGAUUGCUGCCCCCAGGAUCAUUAACAUCACUGUCAGCUCCAACGGGGAUCACACCUUCCAGGCACGCUGCACCGCCGAGGGGGAGCCAGCGCCUGCUCUGACCUGGACCGGACCACCCUACAGCAACCUCACCUCCAUCACCUCCAUGAACCACCGUGUCACCAAGGAGCUCCGGUACCUGACCCACGACGGAAAAUACACCUGUACUGCUGUCAACAGCCACGGGAGAGCAGAGGGGGCUGUGUACUUCUAUAAAUUCAAAGCAUCCAACAGCUCCUUCCUCCUGAUCCUGAUCUUUGUGCCGCUGGGAAUUAAAGUGCUCAUUUUGCUGGUGAUACUGGGCUUCACCAUUUUCUCGAGAGGAGGCCACAGCUGCAAGACUCCACCUAUGAGAACUUUGACCGCAGACACGGCGGCGGCCAGACUUCGCCGACACAAAGAACAGCAUCGAGACGCAGCUGAGGACCUGGGCGGUCUCAACCGCACCCGCUUGCACGGUUCGAAUCGCUGCCUGCUCUGUACCAGGGGGCUUUUUCCCAGUGGACAUAAGACUGACGUUGACUGA